AGAUCAUAAAAAAUGGAUACUCAAAAAAGGAGUUUAGGUUUCAUUUCUCUAGCUUUCCUCUUCAUCACUUGCUCUUCUGAUGAGUUCCUCCUUCAACAGGUCACACAAGGCAGAGGAACUGAGAACAACAGUUCUUACAAUCUUGAAGCGAAUCUUGGAGUGACCAGAGUGUUGAGAGACGAGCGACCAUCAAGUAAGAUAGUGACAAUAGCCGGCUACUCUGUGAUUAAGGGAAGAGGCGAACCUUACGAGUCCUCUGUUUUUGAGGCUGCUGGUUACAAAUGGAGAUUAGUUUUGUACGUGGUUGGUAAUACUCACGAUGGUGGAGCUGGCUACAUAUCACUUUACGCUAGAAUCGAAGAGACUGAAUCUCUUCCUUCUGGUUGGGAAGUCAAUGUUGAUCUCAAACUCUUUGUCCACAAUCCAAAGCUCCACAAGUACUUGACUGUCACAGAUGGAGCAGUGAAGCGAUUCAGCGCAGGGAAGAAAGAGUGGGGAUUCGUACAGUUGAUUGCUCUUUCAACAUUCGAGAACACCAACGAAGGGUACAUUGUGCAGGACACUUGUUCAUUUGGUGCCGAGAUCCUCAUUGUUAAACCGGCUGAGAUACAAGAGAAGGUCACGUUCAUAUCAAACCCUCCAGACAAUAUUUUUACUUGGAAGAUACUUCGUUUCUCCAACUUGGAAGAUAAAUUCUACUAUUCUGCUGAUUUUCUCGUUGGAGACCGAUACUGGAGAUUAGGGUUUAACCCGAAAGGAGAUGGAGGAGGAAGACCACAUGCACUUCCAAUUUUCUUAUUUGCUCAAGGCUUUAGGCCAAACGCAGUCGCUACAAACACUUGGGGAGCGGUUAAUCUGCGGUUAAAGAAUCAACGAAGCACCAACCACAGACAAAUAUAUUCUGCAGCUUGGUACCCUAUUCGAAGUGAUUAUGGUGUGGGAGUGAACAAUAUCAUAUUGUUAGCGGACUUAAAAGAUGCAUCAAAGGGGUAUUUGGUGAAUGAUGCUAUUGUCUUUGAAGCUGAAAUGGUUAAGGUCUCCGUGACCGUGACCAACAUCGUCUCGGUUUAGUGAUCUCUACUUCUUUUGUCAUGGAUCAACCAAACUUUAUGAAUAAAGAGGCGUGUGAUGAGUUUGUUAUAAGAUGAAGUUGUCAAUGUUUGUGAUGUAACCUUCAUUUCUGUUCAUUGGGUGUCUGUUGUCUACUUUGUUAUCAGUGAAAUGAAACGCUUGGUUUUAAAGCCAAUUGACGUGCUAUAUUUUUUUCCAUAUUGCCGUUUCCUUAUUAAUC